AGCACGUGCAAUUCGAUCUAUUACUGUUCACAGCCGUUGGACAGUCAGUUCUGUAAUUUUUGUCCUCGAAUGUAAAUUAUUCCAAUAUUGACGAUAAAUAACAAUUGAUACUUGACGAGUUAUUGUUUGUCAAGUUUCAUUUAUUCUUCAUUUCUUAUUGGUUUUUAUUGAAGUACAGAGGAUUCCGAUUAUACUUCAAUUUCAAAACACUUAACUACAUGGGCAACUGAGUUAACCUCUUUUUUGCCCAGACCGAAUGACACGAGACAAGCGAGCCUGAGCGCGACGAUACGGUGGUGAAGGAAUCAGUAUCGUACAUAAUGUCCAACGAGAUGCAUGAACACGUUGAAGAAACAGACGCAAUUGAACCUGUUGCAAAAAGAUUUAAAAGUUCAAUAAUCUCGCAACACGUGGGGUCAACGGAAUUCCAAAAAAUCUUUUCUAAUCAUUGGCACGGCUCAAAGCCUGUGAAAACAGAUAGAAUAGAGAUAAUAACGGAGCCGUACCGAAUAUGCAAAAUUUCAGAUGUUCUAGCCGAAAAUACGUUCAUUUCGAAAAUAAAAGACGAAUUGAAAGACGUAGAAAGUUGCCGCAAAAAUAUGGACUUGUAUCAGUUUGAACAAACGAAAGACCUGGCAAACGUAAAAUCUGAAAGCAUAGUACAAUUGUACAGAACCUUUGAAUCAGACUUGACUGAUUGGAUGAAAAAUAAUACGAAAAUUGAUUUGAGUGGAAAAAUAUCAAUAUCUAGCGCACGUUACUCUGAUACAGAUUAUCUUUUAUGUCACGACGAUAAUAUGGGUGAUAGAAGAAUCGCCUUCAUUUUAUAUUUGUCUGAAAAUUGGACUGCGCAGGAUGGUGGAUCACUAGAUAUAUUCGAUACGGAUGAAAACGGACAGCCGAACUGCAUUGUGCGCUCAUUAAUUCCUGAGUAUAACUCAUUGAUUUUCUUCGAAGUUUCAGAUAAAUCGUACCAUCAAGUUUCUGAAGUAGUAUCUACAGACAAAGUGAGAAUAUCGAUUAAUGGAUGGUUUCAUGGACCAUUGUUGGAAAGUGAAAUACAGCAUAGACCAGAAAUAACAUACAAAUAUUUUAAACCUGAUGAGACCGAGGUGGACUUGCUGUCUUACAUUUCUAAGAUUUAUUUGUACACAACAAUCGUUAAGAAAAUUCAAAGGACUAUUGAAAAAGAUUCGUUCAUAUACCUUCCCAACUUUUUACUGGAAAAUAUAUAUGAAAAAUUGUGUGAUGAUGUAAAGAAUGAAAAUAUCAAGUGGGAAAAAACUACUCCAGCUGAUGUACAGAAUUACGAAAUCGCCAAUGAAGAUACUUUACCCACUGUGCUGAAAAAUUUCUAUAAUAUUUUUAAGUCCAUCCAUAUUUUUCACCUUCUUAAACAAUACACUGAGUUGGAUUUGGUACCGGAAGCCGACCAUAUGAAACCAAGAAUGAAAAUUGAACUGCAGAGGUGGUCGCGGGGCUGUUACAUGUUAAUCAAUGACAAAGAAGUCAUUCAGCCUUACAGUAAAAAGGAUGCAGAAACAGAAAAUAAUGAGAAUCAUAAAACUGAUGAAAUUGACAUAAGCCUAAAAGCAGAGCUGAAAGACGGAUCAAGUAUAGCAGGUAAAAUAGAAGACACAUCUAACGAAUCAAAGAGUGCAAAAAAUGAUGAUCAACCUAAUUUCAGCACGAAGCACGACAUUAGUACAACAAUUGAUAAAGAAACUGCUACACAAGACAGAAUAGUAGUCAAAAAUCCACAUGGCAAAAAUCAAAAUAGUAUUGGAAGUAAAUCUAGUAAAGGAAAAGAGAAGUUGCCAAUAUCUAGAAUGGCAUCGUCAGCAAACUGUACCAAAUCUGUAGGGAAAGCAUCGAUGUCCGUCGCAUUUCACCAAUCUGACUCUACGGAUACAGAAGAUUACUCGUCAAACCCACCGAGCGACCCAGAGUCUGAUACUUCACAAUCUGAUAAUGAAGAGAAGGAUAAUAGGCCAGGCACUCUGGAUGUUUUGUUACAAUUUCAUACCGAGAAUGCAACAGAUGAUACUACGAUAGAUUAUAUUGACCCUAACCAGAAGGAUGGUGCAUUGAUUCAUAUACCACCCCAAGACAAUCAUUUGUGUUUAGUUUAUAGAACUGCUGACACUUGUCGCUGUAACGAAUAUGUUAACCAUUAUUGUAAAGGCUACUUUUACACAUUAGUAUGUUCUUACUACGAAUAAAACCU